AUGAAAAGCGGUGCUCUUUACAGAUCUGGUUCAGCAGUGGUCUUGAGCAAGCUGCUGUUCAACUCCUCAUCUCCAGUCCCCAGUGAAUCUCUGGUCGUCAGUGCCAUCAACACUCUUCUGAAAUCCAGACAGUCACAGCUCAAUGAAUCAGUGAAGGUGGAGAAUUUCACCUAUCAGAAAAUCUCAGAAACCUCCUAUGCUGUCGUCUUUACAUUUAGCCUGAUUAACAUCAGCAUGCCAGCAGAUUCUGAUGUCAGAGGCAACACCGACCAGAGAUUGCAGGAUAUUAUCAAUAAUGCGCUGAACACUCUUCUGAAUGAACCUGGGAAACAAUUUUUUCUACCCAAGUCCUCCAACUUCACGAGCUCUUCAAACCAGAUUGAUGGCAGGAUGGAAUACACCUUCCAGGAUGGAGAUGACAUACAACCAAUCAGCUUCCUAAAUGAGCUUCGUUCACAGAUGGAACUGACCACUACAACAGUGUCUCCAGACACAAUAACUAGUUUCCCCUCAACUUCUCCAAACCCAAUAUCUGGUUCAGCAGUGGUCACGAGCAAGCUGCUGUUCAACUCCUCAUCUCCAGUCCCCAGUGAAUCUCUGGUCGUCAGUGCCAUCAACACUCUCCUGAAAUCCAGACAGUCACAGCUCAAUGAAUCAGUGAGGGUGGCGAAUUUCACCUAUCAGAAAAUCUCAGAAACAUCCUAUGCUGUCGUCUUUACAUUUAGCCUGAUUAACAUCAGCAUGCCAGCAGAUUCUGAUGUCAGAGGCAACACCGACCAGAGAUUGCAGGAUAUUAUCAAUAAUGCGCUGAACACUCUUCUGAAUGAACCUGGGAAACAAUUUUUUCUACCCAAGUCCUCCAACUUCAUGAGCUCUUCAAACCAGAUUAAUGGCAGUAUGGAAUACACCUUCCAGGAUGGAGAUGACAUACAACCAGUCAGCUUCCUAAAUGAGCUUCGUUCACAGAUGGAACUGACCACUACAACAGUGUCUCCAGACACAAUAACCAGUUUCCCCUCAACUUCUCCAAGCCCAAUAUCUGGUUCAGCAGUGGUCACAAGCAAGCUGCUGUUCAACUCCUCAUCUCCAGUCCCCAGUGAAUCUCUGGUCAUCAGUGCCAUCAACACUCUCCUGAAAUCCAGACAGUCACAGCUCAAUGAAUCAGUGAAGGUGGAGAAUUUCACCUAUCAGAAAAUCUCAGAAACCUCCUAUGCUGUCGUCUUUACAUUUAGCCUGAUUAACUUCAGCAUGCCAGCAGAUUCUGAUGUCAGAGGCAACACCGACCAGAGAUUGCAGGAUAUUAUCAAUAAUGCGCUGAACACUCUUCUGAAUGAACCUGGGAAAAAAAAUUUUCUACCCAAGUCCUCCAACUUCACGAGCUCUUCAAACCAGAUUGAUGGCAGGAUGGAAUACACCUUCCAGGAUGGAGAUGACAUACAACCAAUCAGCUUCCUAAAUGAGCUUCGUUCACAGAUAGAACUGACCACUACAACAGUGUCUCCAGACACAAUAACCAGUUUCCCCUCAACUUCUCCAAACCCAAUAUCUGGUUCAGCAGUGGUCACGAGCAAGCUGCUGUUCAACUCCUCAUCUCCAGUCGCCAGUGAAUAUCUGGUCGUCAGUGCUAUCAACACUCUCCUGAAUUCCAGACAGUCACAGCUCAAUGAAUCAGUGAGGGUGGCGAAUUUCACCUAUCAGAAAAUCUCAGAAACAUCCUAUGCUGUCGUCUUUACAUUUAGCCUGAUUAACAUCAGCAUGCCAGCAGAUUCUGAUGUCAGAGGCAACACCGACCAGAGAUUGCAGGAUAUUAUCAAUAAUGCGGAGCUCUUCAAACCAGAUUAA